CGCACUGCUGGAAACAUGGCCGUCGGCUUACAUCAGAGAUAACAACAGUGAAGUCUUGUAACUGGGCUUUGCCUCGCAAUUUUACCUUUCUAAGAAAAAGGCUCCAUCGUUAAAUAUAAGUAGUAAAGAUGCCAAAAUACUACGAGGAUAAAGAAGAAGACAACAGAGCCUGCGCCGGAAUCAGAGAAGAUUUCAAGACCUGUCUCCUCCAGCACGACUGUGUUGUAAAGGAGGGGAAGAUGCCUAGUGAGUGUCUGAAGGAAGGCCACUGCAAAGCUCUGCAGACGUCAUUCUUUGAGUGCAAGAGGUCAAUGCUGGACACAAGGUCAAGAUUCAGAGGACGAAAAGGAUACUGAGGAUCCAGACGACUGUUGAUACAGCCAAGUUCAACAUGGGAUGAACAACGCUUCAUUUAUACCAACAGGGAGACCAUUGAGCUUUGCAUCCUCAUUAAAUGGACAUAAAAUAAGAAAUGAGGUUGGAAAAGACUGUCAAGUGUAAAAAAUUUAAACCCUGACACAGAUAUUGACAUUUACCAAGUCAGCAUCAGAAUGGACGCAAAAAACGAAACUGGAGGCAUCUGUGUCUGCAGCUUGGAAAACUUAAUGAGUUUUUGGAUUGUGUUGUUCUGGCCACUAGGUGUGUACUGUGAAAAACAUGUAUAAAUAAACACAUAUAGUAAAAU